CCUGACGACGACACCGCCGCCGCCGCUGCCCGUCCGGACCCAGGCGGGAGAGGGUGAUGAGGGCCCUGAUGCCUGAGCCAAUGACGCCCAGUGACGAGGCCCUGGGGUUGGACCAGCCGCCGGCGCCAGCCGGGCUCUGACGAAAGCCUCCAAGCAAUGGCGGGCGCGCCGCGCUGGCUUCGGCUCUGCGAUACGCAUGCGCCGGCGGCGCCCAGGGCCGACUGCUUCCCAUAUGCAGGGCUCGGAACUCCCACCCGCUUUCCCGGGCCUGCUUCUCACCAGGGCCGCGCUGACCCCGGGGGGCCGGACCUCCCGCUCCCGGCACUCGCAGAACUGCGCCUUCCGAGAGAGCCGAGGACCCCUCAUAGCCCCUGCCAAUCAGAAGCUCCCGCGUGAGUCGCUGCUCGGUCCCCUAGGUGACCACACAAGCCGUCGCUCUCCUCAGUCCUGAAAUACCGGCCCCCUCCCGAAUUUUAUAUUGACGAAACUAAAAAUACAAUAAUAAUGAUUGAAUAUAUCAGGUCUACUGAUGAGACUAAUGGAAUUCUUUUAAGGGGGUAACAUUUUGCUUAAUUGGGCUUCACCAAAAUCGGCUGCAAAUGUUCAUCUGUUAAUGCUAGCAUUCAAUGGGAAAGGAGAGACUUCAACAAAUAGUGUUGGAACAACUGGAUAUGCACGUGCAAAAGAAUAAAAUUGGACCCUAGCCUUACACACCACAUACAAAAAGUAAUUCAGGGGCUUCCCUGGUGGCGCAGUGGUUGAGAGUCCGCCUGCCGAUGCAGGGGACACGGGUUCGUGCCCGGUCCGGGAAGAUCCCACAUGCUGCGGAGCGGCUGGGCCCGUGAGCCAUGGCCGCUGAGCCUGCACGACCGGAGCCUGUGCUCCGCAACGGGAGAGGCCACAACAGUGAGAGGCCCGCGUACGGCAAAAAAAAAAAAAAAAAAAAAAGUAAUUCAAAAUGGAUCAAAAAACCUAAACGUGAGAAGUAAAAUUAUAAAACUCUUAGAAGAAAACAUAGGAGAGAAGCUUCAUGAUGUUGUUCUUGGCAAUUAUUUCUUGUAUAUGACAUCAAAAGCACAGACAACAAAAGAAAAAAAUGGAUAAAUUGGACUUCAAUAUUUAACACUUUUGUACAUCAAAGAACAGUAGUAAUUGACUGAAAUGACAAUCCACAAAAUGGGAGAAAAUAUUUGCAAAUCAUAUAUCUGAUAAGGGAUUAAUAUCCAGAAUGUAUAAAAAACUACUCUAAGUCAACAACAAAUAAACAGGUAACCAGAUUUUAAAAUGAGCAAAGGACUUGAAUAGGCAAUUCUUCAAACAAGGCAUGCAAAUGACCAAAAAGCACAUGAAAAGAUGUUCAGCAUCACUAUUCAUUAGGGAAAUACAAGUCAAAACCACGAGAUACCAAGUCACACCCACUAGGACAGCUACUACAAAAAACAGUUAAGUACAAGUGUUGGCAAUGAUGUGGAGUAAUUGGAACUCUUGUGCGUUACUGGUGGGAAUGUAAAAUGGUACAGCUGCUGUGGAAAAGAGUUUGGCAAUUUUUCAAAAAAUUAAACAUAGAAUUACAAUAUGAUCCAGCAAUUCCAUUUCUGGGUAGAUAACACCAAAAGACUUGAAAGCAGGAUCUCAAAGAGAUAUUUGCAUCCCCAUGUGUGUUACAGCAUUAUUCACAAUAGCCAAAAAGUGGAAGAAACCCAGUGUUUGUUGACAGAUGAAUGAAUAAGCAAAAUGUAGUAUAUGUAUACAUACUAUAGAGUAUCAUUCAGCCUUAAAAAGGAAGGAAAUUCUGAAACAUGCUACAACAUGAAUGAACGUUGAAGACAUUAUGCGAAGUGUAAUAUAAUUCAGUCACAAAAGGUCAAAUGCUACUCAGCCAUUAAAAAGAAUGAAAUAAUGCCAUUUACAGCAACAUGGAUGGACCUAGAGAUUGUCAUACUGAGUGAAGUAAAUCAUACAGAGAAAGAGAAAUAUCGUAUGAUAUCCCUUAUAUGUGGAAUCUAAAAAGAAAUGACACAAAUGAACAUAUUUACAAAACAGAAACAGACUCACAGACUUAGAGAACAAACUUAUGGUUACCAGAGGGGAUGGAUGGGGGGAAGGGAUAGUCAGGGAGUUUGGGAUCAACAUGUACACACUGCUAUAUUUAAGAUGGAUAACCAACGAGGACCUACUGUACAGCACAGGGAACACUGCUCAAUGUUAUGUGGCAGCCUGGAUGGGAGGGGGGUUGGGGGGAGAAUGGAUACAUGCAUAUGUAUGGUUGAGUCCCUUUGCUGUGCACCUGAAACUAUUACAACAUUGUUAACCAGCUAUACUCCAAUAUAAAAUAAAAAGUUAAAAAAUAAAGGUCAAAUACUGUAUGAUUCCACUUAUAUGAGGUACCUAGAGUAGUUAAAUUUGGACAUUGACAGACAUUACAAUUGUUGCCAGGGGCUGAAGGUGGAAUGGAGAUGUCUAGUUACUGUUUAAUGAGUACAAAAUGUCAAUUUGAGAAGAUGAAAAGACUUCUGGAGAUGAUGGCUGCACAACAAAGUGAAUAUACUGAAUGCCACUGAACUUCAAAUGCUUGCUCUCUUGUACCUCUCCUCCCUUGUUCCAAACUGUUGCAAACACAGUGAAUAUUUGGUCCAGAACUGGGGACAGUAGAAAGAACACCAGCGUUGGAAUCAGUUCAGACCUGUGUCUGCCACAUAGCUGAAAUCUCGAGCAACUCCUUCAGUCUGACAUGGCAGAAAAACCAAUGCGUAUGUCCACACAAAUACCCGAUGAUGAAGAUAUACAAAAAGAAGAUAAUAUCCGUUGUUUAACUACGCUUGGUCAUUUUGGUUUUGAUUGUUUGCCUCAACAACUGGUGAACAAAUCUGUUCAACAAGGGUUCUUUUUUAAUAUUCUCUGUGUGGGGGAAACUGGGAUUGGAAAAUCAACAUUGAUCGACACACUGUUCAAUACUAACUUGAAAGACAAAAAAUCCUCACAUUUUUGCCCAAAUGUUGGACUUAAAAUUCAGACAUAUGAACUUCAGGAAAGCAAUAUUCAGUUGAACUUAACUGUUGUGGAAACAGUGGGGUAUGGUGAUCAAAUAAACAAGGAAGGCAGCUACCAGCUAAUAGGUGACUACAUAGAUGCUCAGUUUGAGUCCUAUCUUCAAGAAGAAUUGAAAAUUAAGCGUUCCUUUGUUGACUACCAUGAUUCCCGUAUCCACGUGUGCCUUUACUUCAUUUCACCUACAGGACAUUCUCUGAAACCCCUUGAUCUAUUAACCAUGAAGAACAUUGACAGUAAGGUGAACAUUAUACCACUGAUUGCCAAAGCAGAUACAAUUUCUAAAAAUGAUUUACAGAAAUUUAAGUGUAAGAUAAUGAGUGAAUUGAUUAGUAAUGGCAUCCAGAUAUACCAGUUCCCAACAGAUGAUGAAGCUACCAUGGACGUGGACACCUCAAUGAAUGAACACUUACCUUUUGCUGUAGUAGGAAGUACAGAUGAAGUGAAAGUUGGAAAAAGAAUGGUCAGAGGCCGUCAGUACCCUUGGGGAGUUUUACAAGUGGAAAAUGAAAAUCACUGUGACUUUGUUAAGCUCCGGGAUGUGCUUUUUUGUACAAACAUGGAAGACUUGAAAGAACAAACCCACACUUGGCACUAUGAACGUUAUAGGUGCAGCAAACUUCAGAAAAUGGGAUUUACUGAUGUGGAUCCAGACAACCAGCCAGUAAGUUUUCAAGAGAUCUAUGAAGCCAAAAGGCAGGAUUUCUUGGAUCAAUGUCAGAGGGAAGAAGAAAAGUUGAAACAGAAGUUUGUGCAGAGAGUAAAGCAGAAAGAAACAGCAUUUAAAGAAGCUGAAAAAGAGCUACAGGACAAGUUUGAGCAUCUUAAGAGGGUCCAACAAGAGGAGACAAUGAAACUUGAGGAGGAGAGAAGACAAUUGGAAGAAGAAAUAAUAGAUUUUUAUAAAAUGAAGGCUGCCUCUGGAACAUUGCAGACUCAGGAGUGUACCAGUAUAAGGAAGGACAAAGAUCGUAAGAAAUAAUCCUCUCUUACCAUCUGUGUGUCAUGGAGCCCUAUCACUCUCAAUCCCAUCUUCCUGUGAGAUUUUUCUCAUAGCACUAAUUCUGAUUGAAAUUAUACUAAGUUUUAAAAUCUGUUUGCUUAUUGUAUGUUUUCUCCAACUAGAAUGUGAACUCCUUGGGAGUAGGUACCUUGACCAUCUUGUUAAAUGUUCUGUCCUCAGUGUUUAGAGCAAGAGUAGCACAGAAUUAGCAGUCAAUAAAUAUUUGCUAAAAUGAAAGAAAAUCAAAGAAUUAUAUAGCACAGUGUGAAAAGUGAUUAGCUGUUGAAAUUCUUUUACCAUAGCCCUACUUGUGGCUCCAGGGACCAAGUGUAUAUAUACUAUUUCAUAUCUAAAUAGAAGUAGGGGAUUUGUUGGCAUAAAAUAUUAUGUUAUAAAAGGCUAAUUCUUAUGCUGAUAUUCCUUAACAAAUUCUACUGAUAAUUUCUUGAUAGUUUUUAUUAAAUAAAAUAUUGUUUCUGAUUGGAACUCUUAGGCUUUUAUGUUAGACCUUGUAAAACUAAUAUUGGAAUAAAUCUUGAAAAGUUAGGGAGAGCCAGAAAACAGUGGGAAACCAUGAGUAACAUUUGGAUGAUAAUAUUACACCUUACAUAUUUGGGGUAUAUGUUAAAACUAAAGUUAUCAAAUAAAGUGGACUUUUUUUUUUGCCAUUUCAAAAUUUUCCUUCUGACUAUAUAUCCUGAUUUUCCACAUUUACAAUGUCAGUUCACCUGUGUGUGUGGCUGACUCACCAUGACUCAUUCUAUGAAAGUACUACCGUUGAGGGUCUGUAUAUAUUUACUCCAGCUACAUCUGGCAUAGUUCAUGGAAUUUUUCUUAUGUCCCUAAAAGAAUAAAUUUUUCUUCUGUUGUAAUUUUAUUACUGCAUUCAUUUCAAAGGCAGCAU